GGGGGCAAAAGCCGCAAAACGCAACACCAAAAGGACCCCGCGGCGCGAACUCUCCGGUAGCUUCUCGCGCGGGCCGAGCCGACACGAGCUUCGGAAUCGCAAACCCGGCCACGCUUCCCUCCCCGGCAUGGCUAUGCUUCUCCGCCGCCGCCUCCCGGUGGUCCGCCUCCUCCGGUCCCUGCAGACCGAGGCGGCGGUUUCCACUACCUCCGCGCCACCUCCCCCUCCUCUUCCUCUCCAGAACCGUCCCGCCGCCGCCGCCGCGGCCCCUUCCGUCGCGCUGGGAUCACGUUCAGGGUUUUUGAGUGGAGUGCCACGCGCCGAAGCGCGUGAUGCUUCGGCGUCCACCAAGGCCGCCUUCCUCGCCGCCGGUGCGGUCGCCGCUCUCGCGUCUCUGCCGGCGGCCUACGCCGACGCCGACGAGGGCGUAGUAGACCCGGCUGUGAGCUCUGAUGCGGCAACAGGAGAGGAUCUGGCCCACAGGGAGAGGAAGAGGAUAAUGGAGCUCAUUCAGAGCCUAGGGAUGCCACGAGGGUCUUACCCGCAGUAUGAUGUGGCUGUGAAGGGCCAGAAGGUGGUCGUUAAAUUUAAUUUACCUUCAACUUGUAACUUAUCGCAUCUUAUUGUUGAUCUUGUAACACAUAUUGGACUUGAGGCAGAACUAAGUGGUGGCGGCUCUGAGAUGCUAUUGCGUGCUUGGAACAGUGCAGCUGCACGUCAAAUAACAUUGAACCCUCACAAGAAGACAGCGAACAAUGGAGAUGACAAUGAAGAUGAUCUCUGUGUCUUGAUAUUUGAGCCACUUGUGGGAUCUGAAUAUUCUGAAAUUGAAUUCAUCAAGCGUGGUAGAUUCAGUUUGAAUGAGCUUGAAGCUUUGAUCAGUGUCUUGAGAUUUGUUGGCCAGAAAGAUGUUAAGAAAUCAUCAGUGAAAGGCAAUAAGUCGUACACAACAGGAAAAGGAAAUGGUCAGAGAUCCAAGCAUGUACCCUCUAUGGAAAAAAUUAUAUCUGAUUUAGAGGGUAUGGGAGUUAGGGUUUAUGGAUUUGAUGAGACAUCAAGUGUUCCGAUGGAUGGUAAUGGUACUGUUAUGUGGGAGAACAUUGCUGGAUAUGAAGCUCAGAAAAGGGAGAUAGAGGAUACUAUCCUCUUGGCUUUACAGAGGCCCGAGGUGUAUGAUGAAAUUGCAAAUGCUACACAUUGCAAAUUUGAGACAAAUCGACCUCGAGCUGUUCUGUUUGAAGGCCCACCAGGGACUGGUAAGACUUCUACUGCUCGAGUUAUUGCCAAACAAGCUGGAGUUCCCCUAUUAUAUGUGCCACUGGAAAUCAUUAUGUCAAAAUAUUAUGGUGAAAGUGAGCGUCUUUUGGGAUCUGUAUUUUCACUUGCCAAUGACCUUCCUGAUGGAGGUAUAAUUUUCCUAGAUGAGGUAGACUCUUUUGCUAGUGCUCGAGAUAGUGAUAUGCAUGAAGUUACUCGAAGGAUAUUAUCAGUAAUUCUGCGGCAGAUUGAUGGAUUUGAGCAGGAUAGACAUGUUGUGGUUAUUGCUGCAACAAAUAGAAAGGAAGACCUUGAUCCUGCCCUCAUCAGCCGUUUUGAUUCAAUCAUUUGUUUUGACCUACCGGAUCAGCAAACCCGUGCAGAAAUAGCUGCUCAGUAUGCAAAACAUUUGACUAAAUCUGAAUUGAUUCAGUUUUCAUUGGCCACUGAAGAGAUGUCAGGAAGAGAUAUCAGGGAUAUUUGCCAGCAAGCAGAAAGACAUUGGGCGUCAAAGUUGAUAAGGGGACAAGUACCGAAAAAUGAGAAGGGAGAGCUGAGUCUUCCUCCUCUCAACGAGUAUGUUGCUUGUUCUGAACAACGCAGAAGAUCUUUGCCGGAUAGAACAAGACAGAUAUCACAAUCCCCUCCUUUGAAGUUAGCUUGAGCAAAGUACAGGAUGUACAUAUAUAGAUUUUAAGGCAGCUCUUCUUGUGACGAAUGCCGGCACAAGAAAAUUGCGUUGUCCAAGUUUUGAUAUAACACGGCAACAGGCAAAAAACUAGAUAGGAGAAUUGUAACGGUGGGCAAUGCAUUUUGCAUUGGUUGCUGGCCGCCUGAGGUUGCCAAUUGGUGACCA